AUGCGCAUUAUUCUCUCACUCAUUCUCCUUACAAUCCUACCUUCGGUCGAGUCCUUGCUGGAGUCCCACAAGGGAACUGUGCACUCGGCAUUUAUCGGUUUCCAGUAUAAAUUCGGUAAAAAAUACGAGUCUAAGGAGGAAGAAAUAAAAAGAAAUGCCAUAUUUCAAGUCAACCUCCAUCACAUCGAGCAAAUCAACGCUCGAAAUCUGUCUUACAAGCUGGGCGUCAAUGAGUAUACGGACCUCACACACGAAGAGUUCGCCGCCCUGAAGCUCGGCAUUCUGAAGAUGAGCCUGAGGAAGGAUGAUAACUGGAUUUCCCUUGCCAACUCGAGCCUCCUUGUGUCAGCUGAUACCACACAGCUCGCAGCUUCGGUGGAUUGGAGAAAUAAGAGUGUAUUAACCCCGAUCAAGGAUCAAGGGCACUGUGGAAGCUGUUGGGCUUUCUCAUCGACCGGUGCUCUCGAGGCGCAGUAUGCCAUCGCUACGGGUAAGCUCUUGUCACUCUCCGAGCAGCAGCUUGUUGAUUGCAGCUCCAGCUAUGGGAACCACGGAUGUAAUGGAGGCUGGAUGCAAUAUGCUUAUGACUACAUAAAGUCAUCUGGCAUCGAUCAAGAGUCGACCUACCCUUAUGAAGCUUCGGACAACACGUGCCAAAAGUCCCUUGAGAAACUAUCCGACGGCCUCCCGGUCGGCGAGGUUACUGGCUAUCACAUGCUAGAACAAACUGAGCAGGCUUUGAUGACAAGGUUAGUGGCGGCUCCGGUCUCCGUCGCAAUGUAUGCUUCGGAUCCGGAUUUCCAAUUUUAUAAAUCGGGAGUGUACUCGUCUGAUACCUGUAACGGAGGCCUUGAUCACGCUGUUGUGGCGGUUGGUUAUGGAAACGAAAAUGGAGAGGAUUACUUCAUCGGCAGAAAUUCUUGGGGAACGUCCUGGGGUCAAGAUGGGUACUUUUACUUGAAGCGAGGAGUUCCCGGUUACGGUGAAUGCACGAUACUCGAGUACAUGUGUGUUGCGGAUCUCAAAACUACAACGUCAGAGACCAGUAAUCAUAGUACGAUCAUGAUUCGUAAAAAAGCAUCUUGA